CUGCCGCCGCCAUGUCGCUGGGCGACGACGCGCUGGUCUGCAACUUCUCCCGUUGCCGGGCCCGCCUGUCGGGCUUCGCCUGGGUCACCGCCUGCUCCCACGUCUUCUGCGACCAGCACGGCAGCGGCGAGUUCAGCCGCUCCCCCGCCCUGUGCCCCGCCUGCCGCAGCGCCCUGGCCGGCAAACUCGACAUCGUCCGCACCCAGCUCUGCCCCAGCGAGGAGUACAAGGCCAUGGUGUUGGCCGGACUCAAACCCGAACUCGUGCUCGACAUCGCUGCCCGGGCCCUCGCCUUCUGGACAUACCAGAUCCACCAGGAGCGGAUGUACCAGGAGUACUCGUACAACAAGGCGGAGGGGCGCCUGCGACAGAUGGAGAAGGUGUACACUCAGCAGAUUCAGGGCAAGGACCUGGAGGUGAGCAACAGCCGGGGGGAGGUGAGCACGCUGAAGAAACUGCUGGAGGAGUACAAGACCAAGUACGGGGAGAUCUGUGAGAAGCUGCUCGAGAGGAACCGCCAGUACCAGCGGCUGCAGGGGCUGUACGACAGUCUGCGGCUACGCAGCAUGGCCCUGGCUGGAGAGGGAGAGGGGCCCGCAGCCGGCUACGGGCUGACCGCAGGCCCUUCUGGAAAGUUCCCUGGGGCAGAGUCUCCCCCUCGGGGGGCCACGGCUGGUGGAGACUUCUGUUUCCGCCCCUCCUUCUUCGGCUCACCCGGCCCGGAGCGUGCUGGCAACUUCUUCAACUUCUCCCCCGCAGAGGAGCGCGACCAGCUGGCAGCCGCCGCCACCGGACACGGCUUCACACUCAAGCGUGUGUGA